AUGGCGCUGCCGAGCGAUGCACAAGGUUCCAUUUGCGAUAGCUCAGCUGCAGGCAUCUACCGGGCAUCACCAGCCAAAUUGAUGCUGUACGGAAAUGGUACAACCAGCCAACUGAAAGAGGUGAUAUUGCAGCUGGGUGGUACAAAAGCAUUCGUCGUUACAGGUCAGUCACUCUACGAGAAGACCCCCGUUAUCAAGAAUGUGGAAAAGCAUCUGGACCAGAUGCAUGGGGGCACGUUUUACAGAAUUGGGCAACAUGCACCAAUUCAGCUCAUCAGGGACGCGACUGCAAUAAUGUCGAAGUCAGGCUGCGACAUACUCGUUUCUGUAGGAGGAGGCUCUCCAAUCGAUUCAGCCAAAGCCAUCGCCCACAACAUCCACAAAGAGACCGGGCGAUGGGUCUCGAGCAUUGCAAUUCCCACGACUCUCUCAGUAGCAGAGACUACACAAAAUGCAGGCUUCACCACUGAUGAGGGGCAUAAGAUAUCCGUGAGCGAUCCUGAACAGGUACCCACAGCCGUCAUUUACGACGGCGAGAAUGCCAUCUACACACCAAUGAGCUUAUGGUUGAGUACUGGAAUGCGAGCACUCGACCAUGCUGUGGAACUGAUGUACCACCCUCUCGCACCUGAGAUACCAACCAAGCGACUGUGCCUUGAAGCGAUCAAGGAUCUGUUCACCUACCUCCCGCAAUCAAAAGUGAGCCCUGACAACGCCGAGAUCCGCUCGAAGCUGUUUCUUGCGUGCUACGCCUCUCUCUUUCCCUUCCUGUUCAACGGUGGUGUCGGGCUGAGCCAUAGUAUCGGACAUGCCAUUGGCGCCUCUUACGCCAUUCCUCACGGCAUUACAAGCUGUCUAAGUCUAGCUCCAGUCGUGCGUCUGAAAGCGAGCAAUGCCGACGAAGCGGAGCAAAUUGCGCGGAUUGUUCCUUACAUCGGCAAAGAAAGUGCUGGCGACAACGUCAAAGAUGCACGGGUCGUUGCGGACGCAAUUGCUACACUGGUGGAAGAGCUCGGUCUGAAGACUACACUGACAGCCUACAAUGUGCCUGCCGGCGAGGAGGAGGAAGACGCCAUUGCAUCUCGUGCACUGCACGGCGAUAAGGAGCACAAGGACUUUGUGAACUUGAAACAUAUCCUUCGAAGUCUUUACUAA